CUUUCCACACUGUCGAACGUGGCGCUUGCCGGCCGCGAGUUUUGGAGAGAUAGCAACCACCCAACCAGGGAGAGAGGAUGGCUUUGUUCGGCGGGACGGUGGACGAGAGGCGCGAGCCGCGGAGUCUGGUGGAGUUCAGGGCGGGGAAAAUGAGCCUGAGUCAGGGAGUUGUGACGGCGGACAAGAGGAAGGGGCUGGUGUACAUGAAGACGAGCGGCGACUCCCUCCUCCACUUCUGCUGGAAGGACAGGCAGAAUGGAGAGGUCGUGGACGCGGAAUUUCUCACCAUCCCCCAGUGCACCACUGGCAGAGUCUUCCUCCUAAAGUUCAAGGACCAUUCCAGCAGACGGUUCUUCUACUGGAUGCAGGAACCAAGUAGCUCCAAAGACAAGGAGCUGGCUAAAAAGGUAAAUGAACUCCUCACCAACCCUCCAGAAGGAGGAGGUGGAGAAGGAUUGCCUGAUCUGCCUCCUGGAUACAUGGCCAUCCCCAGCUCCCAGCUCCAGUCAAUGCUCAGCGGCGGUCGUGUGGACCAACAGCAACUGAUGGAACUCCUGGGCGGGGCCGCAGGGGGAAUCCCCCACGCUCUAGCGGGCGGAGGCCUCGGGCGGGCAGGGGGCGUGUCUGCUGAUAGGCCUUCAUCCCAAGUAAGCCACACCCCCACCUCAUCUGCGUUGCCGGCAGCAACUCCUCGGGCUCCGAGCCGACCCACACGGUCUCAGCAGCAACAAUUGGACGAUCUGCAGAGCAUUCUGUCAUCUCUCAAUGUUCCUGGAGAGACGCAAGCAGCCGAGAGCCAGCAGUCCUCUCCCGAGGAUGCAGUCAAUCUCAACGAGGUAUUCUCCAGCCACGUCAUUAGACCUCUGGCCAACGAUGAAGAGGUCGUUGCCGAGUUGUCUUCCCACCUCCCUCCCACUGGUGAGACGGCAGAGGACGUGCUCUCCUCGCCCCAGUUCCAGUCUGCCCUGUCCACGUUCCAUUCCGGACUGACAUCGGGACAGCUGGGUCCACUCAUGUCUCAGUUCGGGCUGGGAGAUGGUGUGUCUCAGUCAGCUGCCAGUGGCGAUUUGAAGGCGUUUGCUGAUGCAUUGCAAGGUGAAAUGGGAGGGGGUGGGGCUUCUGGUGGAGGGGGUGUGGCUUCAGGUACCACUGGCGAAGAGGGGGAGGGAGAGAAAGGAGAGGGAGGGGAGGGAGAGGGGAAGAAGGAAGGUGGAGGGAAGAAGGAAGGUGAAGGGAAGAAGGAAGGUGAAGGGGAGAAGGAAGAGCAGAAAGGAAGUGAACAAAACUAG